AUGGCGACGCGCUCGUGCCGGGAGAAGGCGCAGAAGCUGAACGAGCAGCACCAGCUCAUCCUGUCCAAGCUGCUGAGGGAGGAGGACAACAAGUACUGCGCCGACUGCGAGGCCAAAGGUCCUCGAUGGGCUUCCUGGAAUAUUGGUGUGUUUAUUUGCAUCAGAUGUGCUGGCAUCCAUAGGAAUCUUGGGGUUCAUAUAUCCAGGGUCAAGUCAGUCAACCUAGACCAAUGGACGCCAGAACAGAUCCAGUGCAUGCAAGAUAUGGGAAAUACUAAAGCAAGACUACUAUAUGAAGCCAAUCUUCCAGAGAACUUUCGAAGACCACAGACAGAUCAAGCAGUGGAAUUUUUCAUCAGAGAUAAAUAUGAAAAGAAGAAAUACUACGAUAAAAAUGCUAUAGCUAUUACAAAUAUUGCCUCCUCUGAUGCUCCUCUUCAGCCUUUGGUAUCCUCUCCUUCUCUACAAGCUGCUGUUGAGAAAAACAAAUUGGAGAAAGAAAAGGAAAAAAAAAAGGAAGAGAGAAAGAAAGAAAAGGAGCCAGAAAAGCCUACAAAACCUCUUACAACCGAAAAGCUGCAGAAGAAAGAAGAUCAGCAAUUGGAACCUAAAAAAAGUACCAGCCCUAAGAAAGCUGCAGAGCCCACUGUUGACCUUUUGGGACUCGAUGGGCCUGCCGAGGCGCCAGUGACCAAUGGGAGCGCAGUCGCGGGGCCAGCCCUGAACGAUGACCUGGACAUCUUUGGACCGAUGGUCUCUAACCCGUUACCUGCCACUGUCAUGCCCCCAGCUCAGGGGACGUCCUCCGCACCAGCAGCUGCCACUCUGUCUGCAGUGACAUCUGGGGAUCUGGAUCUGUUCACGGAGCAAGCUGCAAAGUCAGAAGAGGUGGCCAAGAAGCAGCUCUCCAAAGACUCCAUCUUGUCUCUGUAUGGCGCCGGGGCCAUCCAGCAGCAGAGUGCUCCUGGUGUGUUUAUGGGACCCACGAAUCUACCGUUUACCUCACAAACACCGGCUGCGUUUCCAGGCUUCCCGUCCAUGGGUGUGCCUGUGCCCGCGGCACCCGGCCUGGUGGGCAGCUCGCUGGGGCCGAGCGCGGGCAUGAUGGUGGGCGUGCCGGUGCCCAACGGCUUCAUGGGCAGCACGCAGACUGCUGUAAUGCCACUCGCGCAGGGCAUGGUCGGGCCCCCAGGGAUGGUCGCGCACAUGGGCGCAGCCCAGGGGAAAUUUGGCCUGCAGCCAGCUCCGCAGAGCCCGUGGAACCUCCCCCAGGUGAACCAGCAGAUGGCUGGCCUGAGCCUGGGUGGCGUGGCAUCGGCAGCGGGCUUCGGGCCGUCGCCCAGCACCUCGGCGGGGGCCGCGGGGUGGUCCGGGAGCUCGUCGGGGCAGACGCUCAGCACGCAGCUGUGGAAGUGA